CUUCAGACCCACAACACAACCAAAAGAAAAGCUUUGAAUGAAUAAUAAACCAAGUGUUUGGGAUUAAACUCAUUUCUUAUAAGAGAAAACAGUUUGGAUUUCAUGUUAAAGACACAGAGCAGAGCUGCAGAAAAGCGACGUGAGUAAGAUGAAUUCAGCCUCAGCGUGUUAAGACACCUCAAAAGAAGAGGAAAACACGUGUGCACAAAAUGUGUGAUGAGAGACUGCUGAUGGAAACAGAGUAAAUCAGUCAGAUAACACAUAUAUUCACAUCCAUAGAGCAACCAGCUCAAACACGUGUGUAGCAUGUUUAUCAUCGGAGCUUUUGUCAAGCAUGCAGCACAAACCUUGAACACAUCUUUGUAUAUUUCAGGGGUGGAUUUUGGAGUUUGGCUGUAGUCCAGGUGUGCACAGGUUUGUCGGUCAUGUCCACUGCGGAGGUCAGCCCUCUCACCACACAAGUUCUGAAUUCCAGUGAUGGGGUCCCAGGGGCCAGGAUGGCCCUGAGCCUGCACCGCCUAGACUCUGAGCUGGUGAUCUGGACCAUGCUGAGUGUCGGAACCACAGAUGAAGCUGGCCGCUGCCCUGGACUGAUCAGACGAGAAGCUUUCACCCCCGGCAUGUACAAGCUGCGCUUUGAGACAGCUUCCUACUGGGAGAGCCGCACUCAGACAUCCUUCUACCCCUAUGUGGAGGUAGUGUUCAGCAUCAGCGAGCCGGAGCAGAGCUGGCACCUGGCCCUGCUGGUCACUCCCUUUUCCUACAGCACCCACAGGAGCAACUAAGCGCUCUGACACCACCUGCUGUGCCUCACCUCAUCCAGCACCUCCUGCUGCCCUUGUUGGCUUGGAGAAAGGAGUCACAGUCCAUCUGCAUUUCCAUCAUGCAUGUGGGCCUGCUUUACUCACACUCCUGCUUGGGCGCGGGAACAUCUCAUAGUCCUGGUCUUUCCUGGCAGCAUAGCUUCAUACUUGUUCUGGGAUCUUUGACUUUUCUCCUUGAUUUCUGCAUGAAACAUUAGAUCCUAUUUUUAGGUUUAUGCAACCCUGAUGCAGUCAGCUCUGAGCUUCUUCUAACAGGACUACCAACCUGCGAGCUGAAGCCGAAAUGCAUCAGCGGGUCUCAUUUUUAUUAAAGAAGGAAGCAUUUCAAACCGCAUGUCAUCUUUCUGAGCUGAUGUCCUGAGGCUGCUUGCCCACAUGACUGAACACAAGGUUUCUGUUGAUGAUUAUUGAUGUCAACAGUAUUAUUAUGUUAGUUGUGUUGACACAAUUGCUUUUUCUUCUGCUGUAUUUUUAUUUGUAUUCCCCAAAGUUAAUGGUCAAUGCACAUCUGAGAAAAUCACAGAAGCCUAACAAUAUGAUCCAUCCCUUUGCUGACUCUCAGUCUUUUUGCGCCUCUGCUCUUUUCUGGUUUUGAAAGCUUGAAACAACUAUUUGUUUCAUUUCUUCAUUUUUAUUAGUUAAAAUGUCUUAGUCAAACACAUUUAUACAUUAUUACAUGUAUAUGUAGCCUUUACAUUCCUAUAUAAAAUUUUAGAAAACUUUUCUGACAUGAAUGAAAGAACGUCUCCCAGAAAGUGUAAUGUUUGUUUUUAGAACUUGCCUAUUUACUUCAUUUUUUUAAAACUAUAUUGUACUUUAUUUGCAAUUUCUUGUGUUUCUGUCGAAAAGAGCCGUAGUUUCUUUUUCUUUUAUGGAAACACCUGGAACUAUAUGGAGCCUCAAAUUGUUCAUAAU